ACGUAAAAUUUUCAAUUGGUUUAAACGAAUAUUGAUUUAACGGCCGUAAAAAAGUUUGAGAGUGCGAUAUAUUUCCUCUUGUGAUCUACAAAUGCAUGGAUUUGGAAAUUCUGGUAUUCAAACUUGAACAAGAGGGAAAAAUCUAUGUAACAUUGCGUGGUUUGAUGUAAAAUAUUGAAGCUAAUUCAAGCUAGGGCGGAUGGAAACACGUUCCGCGAAAUAGUAGAUGUUAAUUUUCAGUUGGAAUUUUAACUAACAAGUUUCCAGAUCCAAGUUUCGGUAUCUGAUUUCCAAGUCGCGGCAGUGGUGGACUUGGGAUAGUCGCGCGUCGUUUCUUCCGUUGAAAGCUAUUGAUUUUGUCGGCGACCGACCUACACCAACACCAACAGAGAGAGAGAGUACGCAAUCAAUCAAGAAUGAGGAGGUGCUCUUGCGACUACCGGUACCUCCUCCUCCUCGCCGCCGUGCCCUUCAUCUACAUCCAGAUGCGCCUCUUUACAACUCAAUCAGAGUAUGCCGAUCGCCUAAGUGAUGCUAUCGAGGCAGAAAAUCAGUGCACAAGACAGACACGAUUACUGAUAGAUCAGAUUAGCUCGCAACAAGGACGACUUCUUUCUCUUGAAGAAGAAAAGAAACGCCGAGAUCUGGAGUGCAGCCAGUUGAGAGCUCUUGUUCAAGAUCUGCAACGGAAGGGUGUUGAGAAACUGGUUGGUGAUGUACAGGCUCCAGUAGCAGCUGUCGUGGUUAUGGCCUGUAACCGUGCUGAUUACCUUGACAGGACUAUAAAGUCGAUUUUGACGUAUCAAAGUCCUGUUGCAUCAAAAUAUCCUCUCUUCAUAUCACAGGAUGGGUCAGAUCCUCGUGUUAAAAGUAAAGCAUUGAGUUAUGAUCACCUAACCUACAUGCAGCAUCUGGAUUAUGAACCUGUGCAAACAGAAAGACCUGGGGAGUUGAUAGCAUACUACAAGAUUGCACAGCAUUAUAAGUGGGCACUGGAUCAAUUGUUCUACAAACAUAAAUUUAGCCGGGUGAUCAUCCUUGAAGAUGAUAUGGAAAUUGCUCCUGAUUUCUUUGACUUUUUUGAGGCUGGAGCUGCCCUCAUGGACCGUGACAAGUCCAUCAUGGCAGUUUCUUCAUGGAAUGACAAUGGACAAAAACAGUUUGUACACGAUCCUUAUGUGCUUUACCGCUCAGAUUUUUUCCCUGGCCUUGGGUGGAUGCUUUCAAGAUCCACAUGGGAUGAACUUUCUCCUAAAUGGCCAAAGGCUUAUUGGGAUGACUGGCUGAGAUUGAAAGAGAACCACAAAGGACGACAAUUCAUUCGCCCAGAAGUAUGCAGAACAUAUAAUUUUGGAGAGCAUGGUUCCAGCAUGGGUCAGUUCUUCAAACAAUAUCUUGAACCCAUCAAACUGAAUGAUGUCCAGGUUGAUUGGAAGUCAAUGGACCUGAGCUACCUGGAGGAGGACAAGUAUGUGGAGCACUUUGCUGAUUUGGUUAAAAAAGCGACUCCUAUACAAGGAACUGAUGCUGUUCUGAAGGCAUCUAACAUAAAUGGAGAUGUCCGUAUUUUGUACCUAGACCAGCGAGAUUUUGAGCAGAUUGCAAGUCAAUUUGGUAUUUUUGAAGAAUGGAAGGACGGUGUCCCAAGAGCAGGAUAUAAAGGCGUAGUAGUUUUCCGGUAUCAAACACAGAAACGUGUAUUCCUUGUUGGCCCUGAUUCUUUACAACAACUAGGAAUCAAAUAGACUAGAUGCAUAUUGAUUCCAGUAACAUGAUGAGAUUUUGAUUGAAGCAGUGACCUGAUAUAGUUGGUUUUGCUUCUAGCUAGUUUUACACUGCCUUUUGUCCCAUGUAUUACAAAUACAAUUAUAGUGAUUUGUUUUUAUUGCUCA